AGCUGCGCGUCAUCAUCAAUAACUGAGUCCAAAUACAAACACGUUGCCCGCUAAAUACUAGAGCCGGUCAAGCCCCGUUUAUCCCCCGAUUCUCCGCCCCCAGCAUGACGGGCAUGAAAAUUGAAGAGGUCAAAUCCACGGUCAAGACCCAGCGUAUCUCGGCCCACUCCCACGUCAAAGGCUUGGGUCUGAGUGAGGCGGGUGAGGCCGUCAAAGUGGGUGCGCCGGGUUCGGGCGGCUUGGUCGGGCAGGAGCAGGCCCGUGAAGCGGCGGGUUUGGUGGUCGAGCUAAUUCGAGCUAAACGCAUGGCCGGGCGGGCUAUUUUGCUGGCCGGCCCGCCGGGCACGGGCAAGACGGCCAUCGCCUUGGCCAUCGCCCAGGAGUUGGGCAACAAGGUGCCGUUCUGCCCCAUGGUGGGAUCCGAGGUGUUCAGCUCCGAAAUCAAAAAGACCGAAGUCCUCAUGGAGAACUUUCGACGUGCUAUCGGAUUGCGCAUCAAGGAAACCAAAGAGGUGUAUGAGGGCGAGGUCACGGAAUUGAGUCCGGUUGAAACGGAAUCGCCCGUUGGCGGUUACGGCAAGACCGUGUCACAUUUAAUCAUUGGCUUGAAGACGGCCAAAGGCACGAAACAGCUCAAACUCGAUCCCUCCAUCUACGAAGCCAUGCAAAAGGAACGUGUCGAAGUGGGCGAUGUUAUUUACAUCGAGGCUAAUUCCGGCGCCGUCAAGCGUCAAGGUCGGAGUGACAACUUCGCCACUGAGUUCGACUUGGAGGCCGAGGAAUAUGUGCCUUUGCCCAAGGGCGAUGUUCACAAGCGCAAAGAGGUCAUUCAGGAUGUGACUUUGCACGAUCUGGAUUCCGCCAAUGCUCGACCCCAAGGUGGUCAAGACAUCCUGUCCAUGAUGGGUCAACUCAUGAAGCCCAAAAAGACCGAAAUCACCGACAAACUCCGAAAAGAAAUCAACAAAGUGGUCAACAAAUACAUUGAUGAUGGUAUCGCUGAACUUGUACCUGGUGUUCUCUUCAUUGAUGAGGUUCAUAUGUUGGAUAUCGAGUGCUUCACCUAUCUGCAUCGGGCUUUGGAGUCCACCAUCGCUCCCAUCGUGAUCUUUGCCACCAACCGAGGCCGAUGCGUGAUUCGUGGCACCGGCGAUAUCGUCGCCUCCCAUGGUAUUCCUUUGGAUCUCUUGGACCGACUUCUUAUCAUUCGAACCCUUCCCUACACUCAAGAAGAGAUGUCGGCCAUCAUCAAAAUCCGGGCGGCCACCGAAGGGUUAACCGUGGAUGAGGAGGCUUUGAACAUUCUGAGUGAGGUUGGUUCCAAGACCACAUUGAGAUAUGCCGCUCAACUACUUACCCCCUGCUCAAUCACGGCCAGGAUUUGCGGGCGUCCCAAUAUCGUGAAAGAUGAUAUCAAGGACAUAAGUGAACUCUUCCUGGAUGCCAAAUCAUCGGCCAUCUUGCUGAAGGAAAAUGAUGACAAGUACAUGCAUUAACAAGUUGAAGCGGGUGAACCAAACACCUUGGUGUACAAAAACAAUAAAGAAAUGUAGAUAUUAGA